AUGUUGAAGUUGUGGCUCGGGCUCGCGCCAACGGCUGAUUCAUCGGCUUUAUUCAGGGAUCAUAAAAGUUUUGGGAUGAAUCUAAAAAGACCAUCGGAGCUCUACAAACACCUAAGAGUUUCCAAGAGACAUAUCCUGGGGAAAUCCCAUGAUGACGUCGUUACAUCACUCCCAAAAGACAAAGAUGCCCCAGAGCUAGAGUCACGACUUCAAUUCCAUAAACAAUUUAUGAUCAGAGCGCAAAAUAACAGAGUAGGGUUAGGAUCUAGAAAGGAAGUCCAAGAUAUCGAUAUAUUGAAGUCUUUUAUUCGGCAAGACGAGAACGAUAAAUACAAGAUCCAUGCAAUGAGUUUAGAAAUGCAGAACGAGUGGUUAGACAUAGGAGAUUUUUACAUUCCACUAGCACUAAAAUGGCGCACCCUAAUUCAUGACUGGUCGCCAGCCUUGCUAAAAUUUUAUCUUAAUGCGUUCCAGAUGACUCUCCCAGAUCAGAGUAAUUUAGUAAGAUGGGGUAAAGGUACCGAAAAAACUUGCUAUAUCUGUGGAAAGGCAGUUGGAACUGCUAAGCAUUUGCUGGUGGGAUGUAAGGUUCUUCUGGACAGCGGUCAAUAUUCGCAUCGUCACGAUAGAGUUCUUGAGAUCAUACGUUUUGUGAGAGAGGGCACUAGGGCUAUAAAAUCAAAUGUUAAGCCUUACUCUAUCCUUAAAGCGGCUUCGGAUUGGACUAUCAUGAUGGAUACGUAUGAGAAACAAUACAAAAUCCCCGAGGAUAUUUGUGCGUCGGCCUCCAGACCAGACAUAUUUCUAUAUUCGCGUAUUUUAAAGCGCGUUGUGAUGAUGGAGCUUACGGUGCCUUGGGAAACCAACAUCCCCAAAAGACCAUACCAUCAAGGUCAAUAA